AUGUAUUCCACUCCUUUGGUAGCCACUUUUGAUGCACCAAAUAUGCAACAAGGUAAAAUGUUGCUCUCUUCGAGUCCUUAUUCAUUUGCAAUUGGUGAAGAUUACUUUGCAUCAUGUCCCAUUGGGAUGACUAGUUUAAACAAUACAGUGAAAGUGAAUGGACAAUUGGUGAUGAAUUUGCAAACUUCAUGUCAAUGCUCUCUGUCCUAUUAUCAAUCUCUGAAAAAACAAGAAGUGCCUAUUGUGAGUUAUGUACUCUUGAAUGGAACUGGAAAUACCUUAACCAUUGAUUUGAAUCCUUUCAAUGCUGGUGUGGAUCAGAGAAUGCAAAAUAUCUACAUGUCUUUCUAUGAGAUGGCCAUCGAUGAUGUCAUUAUUGAUUUGAAAAUUGGAAAUGUACCAACUCGGUUAGAUUUAUUAUCACCUUCGUCAUUUGCUCAAGUACAGACAGAACCUUUCACGAGUACUGCAUUGACCAACAUGUCCAAUUCUUUUAGUUCUUAUGUGACAGUCAAUAAUAAUGCCAUUGACGUUGCAGGAAAUGUCACAUUUAAGAUUUCAUCACCAUCCUCGCUCGAUAACCGAUUAAUUUUUGAUUUGACUUCCAUCAAAAAGAUCAAUUUAAUGACAGGUCUAUCAAACACUGUGUUCCCACAAGUGUUGAAUUCCAACACUUCCACUCAAGUCAUCUAUCAACUAAUUGGCGUGAAUUUAUCCUACAAUGAACAGUUACAAAUAUUCUACACAGUACAAACUGCCUAUGAACCCUCUUCGAACACAAAAUUUUCUUUAUAUUUUUCUGUGGAUGGAGUUCAAAGUUCAUCACAAGUUUAUGAGGCCUAUGCCUCUGAUAAUACCAUUUCUACAACUCUUAAUGUAUACAAGACGUCAAAGAUGGAAAGCUUUUUCAAUCAAUAUAACAGUGGAUAUUCUUUAUUGGCCACUGUAUCCGACUUGGCUUAUUUCAAAUAUGUUCCACAAAUUGGAGCCAUGGAUUCAAAAUGUUGGAUUCAACUCAAUAUUUUGUCACAAUCAUUUAAUGGUCUCAUUCACAUCUUUUCCACAAAAACCUCAAAACAAUAUUCCAUUCCAGUGUCAAGCUCAGAUUUUAUUACUGACGUCUCGAACACAGCUUUCAUUGUGUUACAAUCGGAUAUGAUUGAUUGCAUAAACUCACCAACUGAUAUUUACAUACGAGUUGAGUCAGAUUUCGUGACACAACAAUCCUUUAGUAUUAAUAUUUUCAAAAAGAACUUUCUCUAUAUCAACGAUGAAACCUCUUCAUUUCCUCAAUUUAUAAAUGCUACUUCUCCAAAUUUACAAAAUGAGGCAUAUGGUACCUUUGUUAAUUCCAUUGGUACAAGAGACAAUGUACCACAAGCUGUAUAUCUUAACUUUACACAAUUUCCAGGCAAAGUUGAUGCAUUUAUUCAGCCAUACAAUAGUGUGACACCAACUGGUCCUUUAUUACAAUCGAGCCUUAAGAAGACGUCUCUUCCUGUUAAAACCUUUUUAAUGCCAGGCACGAUCAUUUACUUUUAUUCGAGCUGUAAGACAUGUAUUGCCAAUUUAACCAUUUCUCUUCCAGCAGAAUACGCUGUUCCUUUUAUACUCUAUUCGGAUGCUGGUUCUUCAUCAAUAACAUCAUUACCCUACCAAUACAAAAACGACUAUGGUAUCUAUUGGACCUACAUUAAUGUGACAAUGCUUCCUUUGACAGGUAAUGCAACAUUGAUCGUCGACGUAUUUGUAUAUAAUCUCAUCAAAACGCCUUCAAAAUUGACUUUAUUGGCAACUCAAGGACCAAUACCAUUGCUGACAACCACUGGUUCAAGCAUUAAUGUUCCAAAUAAUGCUCGAUUUUCAGUGACAACGAUUGGAAAUACUCAGAUCUACAAUUCUACUUUCGAUUGUUCACAAAGUCGAUCAGCCACCUAUGCAACCAUUUCCAUCUCCGUACCUGCAGCUACUGGAGUUUGGAAGUUUGGAUUGUUUAUUGAUCCAAGUGUCACAAAGUCCAAUACCCUCUUUGCUUGGAAUGCAAAAUCUUCAGACUUCAACACGGUUAUCUCUGGAACUAGCUCUCUAAGUUUUCAACGGUUAUAUGUCAAUCCUGUUGAAGUCGUGAGCUCGUUUUCAUUUUCAUGUGGCAGUUAUUCGUGCGACCGCAACAGGCCAGCUCAACUCUUACUCAAAUUUGAUGCCUCGACUCUAGCUCUCAAUUCUAGAGCAGUUGAAAUUUAUGUGAAAAUGGGAUCUGUACCAACUAGUUCAAGUUAUGACUUUAAAUCACGACCAAUGAGCACAUAUAAUAAUUUAACAAGUAACUUUGUUGUAAGAUAUUUAUUUACAAAUGUUGGAACUUUUGGUGUGAAUGAUGCCCUUGGAAGUUUUUCAUUGAUUUCUUCAGACCGAUUGGAUUUUAAGAAAUCAACACUGGCCUUUGUUUGGAUUCGACCCACUGACGAAAUUUCACCAUUUGUUAAUAAUACAUUAUGCUCUCAGUCGAGCAGUUCUACAAGAGCCACCUACUGGUAUUGGUAUCGUGCAACCACCACUACUGCACAGGCUGAUUAUGCUUCAGGAUUUGAUUUUGCAAAUCCUUUGAACUUGAACGUGACUGGAAAUUUAACAACUGACAAUAAUGGAAAAAACAUGCUUGUUGAUUUAACAAUUCCAAACAGCUAUUCCAUUUUUGCAGAUAGUUAUCGUCUAAUGGUUAUGGUGAUUGAUUCGAAUGGAAACACAGCUAUAUAUGAAAUGAAAAGGACCAUCAUUUCAUACGUCAUCGCCAAUACACUGUACACUGCCAUUCGAUAUUCCACUUCAUUCCCAAUCGCUUCGAGUCUCAUAGACAAUCCUCUCAACACGUCGGUCAUGAUUGUACCACUCUACAACACAUCCACAAUUUUAUCUUCCUAUAAGUACGAUAGUAACAUGCUUGCAUAUGUGGAAGAACCAGCAUUUAACGUGCUCUAUUAUUCACCCAUUUAUAUUUCCAUUGGUGUGAUGGUUGGAAUUUCGCUCAUUGUUUUGAUUUACUUUUUAAUGUGCUAUUUAUUAAUUUGGAUCUUUAAUUUAGAUUAUUCUCUUGAUGAGAUAACAUCUUCGAAUGAUAAUUCUCGAUGGUUCAACAAACCUCUAUGGUACCCCUUCACAUGGACUAUUGCAUUGCACACUAUAUUUUGGACCUGUAUUCCAUUCGUUCAGAAUGCAACGCUUAAAAGAAAAUUGUCAACAUUCUUGUUUGGCAUUGGUUAUUUCUUAUGUGCCAUUGUUUUGUCCGUUGUGUUAUUAGCUUUUAUGGGUCAGUCCAUGAAUGAUAUUGAUAGGGCUCUACAUUCAGACCCACUACUGAACAAGCAUGAUCAAGACUUAUCUUUGGCAAGCUAUCGAUCCUACUAUGCAUGUUGUCGAUUUAAACCAUCGAGCAGCCAAAACCAGUUCAAGAACGAUCCCUUUUAUUGCGUCACGUCUUCAACCUCCUAUAGCUAUGAUUAUUCAUCCUAUUCAAAUAUAACCAUUAACGGUGUGAGAUACGAUCCGCCAAUGCCUUCUCGUGCGAUCACAACUGAAAAUUUUGGUAUCCUUAUGAGCUUUUUAGGUUGUCCUAACAUGUCGGUCGUGUAUUAUCCAGCCGGCAUUGAUGCAGUGAAUGCUUAUGGAAUUUCUGCUUUUGUAUUGGGAGGUGUUUUUUCAUGUUUGUGUGUGAUUGCCUUUAGUGCACUUGUCAUGGAAUACAUGAUUCAGCACUGUAAAGUGAGAAGAAGUGUUUUUGCUUCAUGGAUGAGAACCAAUCAAGCUGCAACCUCUGUGGCAACCAAUUCUACAAAUUUAUCGGCAGUAUCCUCCUCGCAUCACACCACCGAUGAUCCACUACAGAGAGAACAAGCCAUGAUGAGAGAGGUGGAUCAGAGAAAUGUCAUCAAGACCACAAACACUGGCACAUCCACUGGAGCUCCUGUUCCCAAAUCAACAACAAAAUCUCAUUCUACACCAGCAAGUGUCUCCUCCUCCGAAGAUGAAGAUUCUUCUGAUGAGGAUAUUUAUGAUCAUGUUCAUGUGGAAUUGCCCAAUGUAGUAAGAAGUGUUGGCAAUAGUGAUACUACACGUCAUCCUGUAGAUUCUUCGACUAUUCCUCCAGAUAUUAAGAAACCGACAGUUCCAACACAAUCCUUAGAAUCUCCUCGGCCACCAAAUAAUAUUCGAACCACAACCACAACAACUUCACUUCCACAUGCAACGGUGGAAAAUUAUGGCCAUGUUCCUUUGGGCUCGGUGACAGUGAUCCAAAAUAAUGAAGUUUAUUAUGGAAUGCAGAACAUGAAUGAUCCAAACAAUCUUGUUCAAGUCAUUCCACCACCAUCAACUUACCAGACCUAUUUGCCUGAGUCCGUAGUGAACUAUAACAGCAAUACGAUGGAUCGAACGAAUCAACAACAAGACGAUUCACAACAACCUGCCAUACAGUACAAUUAUUCCAAUUACAACAACUAA